GUCCAUCUCUAAUAGAAAUACAAUAUAGAUUGCUUGUAAACAGCUGUGCUUGCGGUUAAGGUAAAUGAGAAGUUUUGCCGAAAAUGGAUUAUGAUUUUAAGAUAAAAACACAAACGGAGCGAACAAAAGUAGAAGAUCUAUUUAAUUAUGAGGGAUGUAAGGUGGGCCGUGGUACUUACGGUCACGUAUACAAGGCUAAGUGGAAGGAGACCAGCGAUGGUAAGGAAUACGCACUUAAACAGAUCGAUGGCACGGGCCUCUCUAUGUCCGCUUGCCGUGAGAUUGCUCUGCUACGCGAGCUGAAACAUCAGAAUGUGAUAACGCUCAUUCGAGUCUUUUUGUCGCACAAUGACCGAAAGGUGUUUUUGCUGAUUGACUACGCAGAACAUGAUCUAUGGCACAUCAUUAAGUUCCACCGUGCUGCCAAGGCGACGAAAAAACAUGUGGUUGUUCCACGGGGCAUGGUCAAGAGUCUUUUGUAUCAGAUUCUGGAUGGCAUUCAUUACCUGCACAGCAAUUGGGUUUUGCACCGUGAUCUGAAACCAGCCAACAUUCUCGUAAUGGGCGAUGGCAACGAGCGAGGGCGUGUAAAAAUUGCCGACAUGGGCUUUGCACGCCUCUUCAAUGCUCCUUUAAAACCGCUGGCUGACCUAGAUCCUGUGGUGGUUACCUUUUGGUACCGAGCACCAGAGCUGCUGCUGGGCGCGCGCCAUUAUACCAAAGCCAUCGAUAUAUGGGCUAUUGGAUGCAUUUUCGCAGAGCUGCUGACAUCCGAACCUAUCUUUCACUGUCGUCAGGAAGAUAUUAAGACUAGCAAUCCGUAUCAUCACGAUCAGCUGGAUCGUAUAUUCAAUGUAAUGGGCUUUCCGCAGGACAAGGACUGGGAAGACAUCAAAAAAAUGCCAGAGCAUCAUACACUUACGAAAGAUUUCAAGCGUUCCACCUAUUCUGCCUGCUCGCUAGCCAAGUACAUGGAACGCCAUAAGAUUAAACCCGAUAGCAAAGCGUUUCAUCUACUCCAGAAGUUGCUGUUGAUGGAUCCCAACAAGCGUAUAACAUCGGAGCAAGCAAUGCAAGAUCAAUAUUUCCAGGAGGAGCCAUUGCCGACACAGGACGUCUUUGCCGGUUGUCCCAUACCAUACCCCAAGCGUGAAUUCCUCACUGAUGACGACCAAGAGGACAAGUCAGACAACAAGCGCCAACAGCAGCAACAGCAACAGCAACAGCAACAACAACAGCAGCAGCAACAGCAACAACAGCAGCAGCAACAACAACAACAACAACAACAACAAAUGAAUCCCAACGAGCCGAACGCCAAACGUGUUCGAUUAUCAGGAACUGGCAACCAACAGGAUUUCCAUCAUCAGCAACAGCAGCAACAACAACAACAGCAACAAAUGAUCUUCAAUCAACAGCAAAGUUUCCAGCAACGAUUCAACUGAAUUUAAGCUCUUUCUGAAAUGAACUGAACAUUUUGGGAG